CUUGUCUCGAACAACCUAUGUUUUCUUAUCCAAGGUAAGGGCGUAUUCUCAAAAUGGUUCAUAUUCCCCUGCAUGAAUUCGGCUUGUAUUUUCGUACAAAUGGCAGUCAACGCGUGAAUGCUUAUUAUGCAACUGGUUUUUCCAGGCUCAUGUGAUUUUUUAUGCUUUUUUUUUUCUUAUGUCACAAUCAACUUCUUCUGUUCGUUCUGGCCACGAAAUUGACACCAAGUCGUUAGAAAGCUAUCUUUUGAAACAAAUUCCUGGAUUUUCUGUACCUUUGCAUAUAAGUCAAUUUAAUCAUGGCCAAUCCAAUCCUACCUAUCUCUUAAAGGAUAACAAUCAACAACAGUACGUAUUGCGUAAAAAGCCUCCAGGAUCUUUAAUCUCAAAGACAGCACAUGCUGUUGAAAGAGAAUACCGCAUCAUUCGUGCAUUAGGUGAAAACACAAAUGUACCUGUGCCCAAGGUCUAUGCAUUAUGCGAAGAUCACAGCGUGAUUGGUACUCCGUUUUAUGUGAUGGAGUUCCUGAAAGGCAGAAUUUUUGACGAUAUUCAAAUGUUGGACAUUCCUUCUGAAGAACGCAGAUUAUGUUGGUUUUCUGCAGUAGAGACAUUAGCCAAGUUACAUGCAGUUGAUUUCAAAGCUAUUGGUUUGUCUGAUUAUGGCAAAGACAGCGGAUUUUAUACACGUCAAAUGAAAUCACUUUUAAACGUGUCAGAAACACAGGCUGCUGUUGUUGAUCAAGACACAAAGAAAGCAGUGGGUUCUAUUCCUCGAUUGAAUGAGAUGCUUGCUUGGUUUAAGCGUAAUCAAGUCAAGGAUCAAGCCACGCUUGUUCAUGGUGAUUUCAAGAUUGAUAAUCUGAUUUUCCAUCCUACUGAACCUAAGGUUAUCGGUAUUCUUGAUUGGGAACUAUCUACUAUUGGCCAUCCAUUAUCUGACCUUAGUAAUCUCUUGCAGCCUUUUUAUAUUCCUCGUGAGCAUGGACUCGUUGGUUUGAAGGGCAUGAAGGAACUACCUAUUCCUAAUGCAGAAGAGUUAAUGCAGUCUUACUGUUCUCAGUUGGACACUGUCCCAUAUCCUAUUCAAAACUGGCCGUUUGCUGUUGCCUUUUCUUUUUUUAGAUUGUCCGUCAUUGCCCAAGGUAUUGCUGCUCGAGUAGCACGUAAACAAGCAUCUUCUGCUAAAGCAAAACUCCACGCUGAAAAGUUUAAGCCUGUUGCUUAUUUAGCAUUGGAAAUAAUGGAUCAAGGUGACUUGGACAGCAAGAGUAAACUAUAAAGUAAGCAGCAGUAUUUAAGCUUCUUUGGCGAUUACAUAUUAUUUGUUUUAUACUAACGGAACGAAACAGCUGAUAAAAAAAAUUCGCUGUGUUUCAUCAUACAAAAUAAAUUUUCAUUAUUGUAUAAAAAUACGUAAAAAGAUAAAAUCAUUCCUUUCUUCA